GGGGUUCUAGACUCGCGCGGCGGGUCACGUGGCGAGCGCGCGGCCGGGAGCAGGUCAGUUGACCUCGGACUCUGUCGCGCGGGCAGCAGCGUGCAGCCUCGGUGUCGUGGGGCAGGUGCACGAGACCCCGUUCCGGUAGGCAACUUUGAACCAGUGCAAUGGCGACUCCAGUCAAUGGGGCCCAUGAGGAUGCUGACCUGUGGUCCUCACAUGAGAAAAUGCUGGCGCAGCCCCUGAAAGACAGCGACGUUGAGGUUUACAACAUCAUUAAGAAGGAGAGUAACCGGCAGAGGGUCGGAUUGGAGCUGAUCGCCUCAGAGAAUUUCGCCAGCCGAGCAGUUUUGGAGGCCCUAGGGUCUUGCUUAAACAACAAGUACUCUGAGGGGUAUCCAGGCCAGAGGUAUUACGGCGGGACUGAGUUUAUCGAUGAGCUGGAGCUCCUCUGUCAGAAGCGAGCGCUGCUGCUCUAUGAUCUGGACCCCCAGUGCUGGGGGGUCAACGUUCAGCCCUACUCAGGCUCCCCUGCAAACUUCGCAGUAUACACCGCCCUGGUGGAACCCCAUGGGCGCAUCAUGGGCCUGGACCUGCCCGAUGGGGGCCACCUGACCCAUGGGUUCAUGACAGACAAGAAGAAAAUCUCUGCUACAUCCAUCUUUUUUGAAUCUAUGCCCUAUAAGGUACACCCAGACACUGGCUACAUCAACUAUGACCAGCUGGAGGAAAACGCCCGCCUCUUCCACCCGAAGCUGAUUAUCGCAGGAACCAGCUGCUACUCCCGAAACCUGGACUACGCUCGAUUGCGGAAGAUUGCAGACGACAAUGGGGCAUAUCUCAUGGCUGACAUGGCACACAUCAGCGGGCUGGUGGCGGCUGGUGUGGUGCCCUCCCCCUUCGAACACUGCCACGUGGUGUCCACCACCACCCACAAAACUCUGCGGGGCUGCCGGGCCGGCAUGAUCUUCUACAGGAGAGGAGUGCGCAGUGUGGAUCCCAAGACUGGCAAGGAGAGUCUGUACAACCUGGAGUCGCUCAUCAACUCUGCCGUGUUUCCAGGCCUCCAGGGAGGUCCCCACAACCACGCCAUUGCUGGGGUUGCUGUGGCCCUGAAGCAAGCCCUGACUCCGGAAUUCAGGCUCUACCAGCGCCAGGUGGUGGCCAACUGCAGGGCUCUGGCUGAGACCUUGAUGGGACUGGGCUACAAAGUCGUAACAGGUGGUUCUGACAACCAUUUGAUCCUCGUGGAUCUCCGUUCCAAAGGCACGGAUGGAGGCAGGGCUGAGAAGGUGCUAGAAGCCUGUUCUAUUGCCUGCAACAAGAACACCUGCCCAGGUGACAAAAGCGCACUGCGGCCCAGCGGACUGCGACUGGGGACCCCAGCACUGACGUCCCGAGGGCUUUUGGAAAAAGAGUUCCAAAUAGUAGCCCAGUUUAUUCACAGAGGGAUAGAACUGACUCUGCAGAUUCAGAACGAUGUCGGUGUCAAGGCCACCCUGAAGGAAUUCAAGGAGAAACUAGCAGGGGAUGAGAAGCACCAAGGGGCUGUCAGGGCUCUGAGGGAGGAGGUAGAGAGCUUCGCGUCUCUCUUCCCCUUGCCUGGCCUGCCUGACUUCUAGAGGAGCUGGUGGCCACACCUGCCCAGCACGGGAGCGUGGGGACUGCCCAGGAGCCACCUGCUCAAAGACCCAGUGCCCUUCUGAAGAGAGACAGAAAAGCUGCCCCACACAGGACCUGAUCAACUUCUUUGUCCCCUCUGAGGAAAUUUCUUUUUGGACUUUUCUCACAUUAUCUUCUUCACAAAUCAAAAUUUGUUUAAGGCUCAUUGUUAGUAAUUCUGGGACAAGUUAUUAAGGAAUUUAAAUUUGAACCUCACUUUCUCACAGCUAUAAAGAGAAUUAUUCUAGAAAGAUGAAAUACUAUGUAGCUAUUUAGCCUUAAUUCAUUUAGACAAUUGAGUAGGACAGAGCUAUUGGAAAGAUUCCAGUAAUUUUACUCACCCUUCUCUUAGUUACUGGGCUUCCUCCUGACUUGCUGCAACAAAUAAGAAAUACCCAAGUUCAUGGCUCGUAAAAGCUGCCCAUUCAUAAUAUGCCAAAUGAGAACUGAAUUACGACGGUUACAAUUGAAGAAGGAAGUUCUCCUGAAGCUUCUGCUGUGUCCUUUCAGUCAGAAUUUUAAAUCAGUCCUAAGUCCACACCAGGGGCCACUCAGCAUGGUGGGAGUUUCCCUGUCAGCAGCUCAAUACGUGAUGGUAACGGUCUCUUCAUCUCCCACCCUGGGCAGCUAGGGGAGCCUGGGGCACCUCGUCCCGUCCUGAUAACCAGCUCCCUCCUGUGAUCAGGAAACCAAAUGUCACCUUCCCAGAGAAACUUUAUUUUUCACAAAGCUGAAGUGCAAAACAUAGAUGACCAUUUUUAAUAAGCACAAUCAAGUUUUUAACCACAGAAUGUCUACAAGAAUUAUAGCUUUAAAAAAUACAACCAGUUUUUAUAUUUCAAAAAUAUCUCAACUCAAAUAAAUAAAUUUCUUAAAAAGUA